AUGGCUUCCACUUCAGGCCGCAGCUCCUCUGCGUCUGGUCGUGCCCAGUCAUCCAAAACUGUGCCCGACAAACAAAUUUCUCAGAUCGAAAAGAGCGUGACCCAUCUCUUGGUAGCGACCAAACAACUGCUCGAGACUUUGACCCAGUGGUCUCGUAAACAAGCCUCCGAAACUGACGUCUCUGAUGUUUAUGUGCGUCUGGGAUAUGAAUUCAACCUGGCAUGUCGAGCCUUCAAUGCCAUCGGCGUGGAAACUUCGGAUUUGGGGCCGGUCCCGGAUAUAUUGCGCACGAUCUUGGAGGAUACAUUAAGUCAAGAUGCCUCCGCACAAAGUCUGGACAAAUUUCUGCCACAAAUUCGCGACAUCAUCAUCAAUCUGCUCCACGGCCUCAAGAAGAAGCAGGCCCGCCUACGGUCAAAGCAACAGAAGGAGGAGGCGGCGCGAGGCCUGCCCGGUCGCCAAGCGAGUGCUGGAAGUAUCUCCAGUAGUCAGUCAAACAUGGGACAACUUUACGAUGAAGCAGCCGCUUCUACCAUGGCGCCGGGUACCGUAACGUCUCCAAGGCGAUCGGCCCGUCGUUUUGGUAGCAGUGGAUCGUUAGAAGAAACUCCUGCCGGACAUCGAAUCUCACCUCCGACAAUGGCUGAGAUGCCUGGGCCAAGUUACACCGAUCGCGAUAUGUCCCGCCGAGAGGCGCAUAACCUGCUCAGCCAGUCACCUGAACUGGUUCAGUCUCAGCCGAUAGCCCAGCCAGGCCCACCGUCCGCCCCUCCCGAUUUCCCUGCUCCUCCUCCGGCCCCCAGACAGGACGAUGCGAUCGGCGCGUUGCAAAGAAGCGGAGAGCUAGAACGUAGGGCAUCUCGUCGGUUCUCGCAGUAUCAGAUUCAAAAGCACCUCGGUACUUCGACAAACGGCGUUUCCGUCCUGCCCUCGCAAAAUGCACCCAUGCCCAAUCGCGGAAAGGAUGUACGAGAAUCCCUUAAUGCGGUCCGGCUUCGAGGCUCCUACUCUCACUCCCGACAACGCUCAUCCAACCGUCUACAGGAGACGGUCAAGAGUGCCCAGGCUCAGGCUCAGGCAAACAUCCCCCAGCCAGUAGCAGAGGAGCAUAGUGAGCGGUCUCCUGUACCCCCACCGGGGGAGGAGCAGCCUCCAACAGCAGAGAAAGAUCUUUCCCUCCCCGCAGAAGCGGACAAGACCACCCCAGAUUUCCCCCAGCCUCCUUCUGGUCCAUCCCUGGGUGAUGCUUUUGCUCCCGAGAAGGUUGCCCGCCCAGCACCUUCUACUCGCCCAGAAACUCCCAAGACAUCUGCCUUCAAUGCAUCGGAGAUUGCUACUCCACCAACAGUCCCUAGUUAUGUCGGAGACCAGCCUUCUCCUGGGAAGGAGCUGACAUUGUUCCUUCAGUAUAGAACAAAGAUCAAGAAAUAUGUUCUGCCGGAGGGAAUCACGGAGUUGACUAUGGGGCGUCUUCAGCUGGCUUUCAUCGAGAAGUUCGCAUGGAAUACACACAACAAUGGUGCUGAUCUCCCUGAAAUCUACAUCCAAGAUCCGAUCUCUGGAAUUCGCCACGAGCUAGAGGAUCUCAAUGAUGUUAGGGACCGUUGUGUCCUCGUGCUCAAUGUCGAUUCCCUGGAUGAGGUUAAAAGACAUUUUGAUGAAAGCUUCACAGGCGUGCGAGCGUUGGUCGAAGGCAUGAAAGAGACAUUGGUAGGCCAAGGCUCUGCUAUUCAGCGAGUCUCUGAUCGCCAACUUGAGGCUGCCAAAGAACUGGCACGCCUGGCCGCUGCUCCUCCCCCACCCAGCGGAGUGGAAGCAAGCCCCAGCGGUUCUCAGCUAGCGCCAAUGGCCGGAAGCCGCACUCAAGUCGCCGAAUUGCAGAAUUUGCGUCGCGACCUCGCUGUCCUGCGGCAGACAUACUCCAACUUUACAGCGGAUAUUGCCAGCUCAAUGAAUGCGGUGCGUACCAAAGCAAGCCAAGUCAAAUCCGCUGCCGAAGUCGUUGCUAUUCCAACAUAUGAAGGAGAUGCGGGCCGCGCCCGUGUCAACACGGGCAAGAAAGAGCUUGCCGGAGAAUCAGAGCGUCUUGUUGCACGCGUCGAUGAUCUGCAAGAUCUUGUCGAAGAUCUCCGCAAGGACGUCGUGACUCGCGGUGUUCGACCUCUGCCACGCCAACUUGAGGCUGUCAACAAGGAUAUCAGCAACGUCAUGAAGGAGAUCAAGAAGAUGCAAGACUUCCUUGGCCGCGAGAAGCCCAUCUGGACCAAGAUCUGGGAGAAGGAACUGCAGUUAGUCUGCGAAGAACGAGACCAGCUUACCAUGCAAGAAGAUCUUGCUGCUGAUCUCCAGGACGAUCUCGAGAAGGCAGCUCAGACCUUUGCCCUGGUCGAGCAAGCAACCAAGGAGCAGGCCAUGGAGAAAGCCAAUGGCGGCCCUUCACUGCGUGCCCCAUCUCGGUCUCUUGGCAUCGAUCCAACCAUCGACCCGAUGAAGGCUAAGGAUGGAGUAUUGGGAGAAGUCCGUGCGCUACAGCCUAAUCACGAAAGCCGCUUGGAAGCUAUUGAGCGUGCCGAGAAGAACCGCAAGAAAGAGCUAGAGACUCGGCGCAUCGGACUUUUCCAGAAGGAGCUUGGCAAGUUUGUCCAAGAGGGCAAGCUGAAGAAGAGUGGCGGCGUGGAAGAGGCCGAACGACUUCGUAACGCCAAGGACGAUCGUAUUCGGAAAGAGGUCUGGGAUCGCCAGCAGGCCCGCAACGCCGAGAUGGAACGACAAGAGGCGGAGGCCGCUGCUGCUGCCGCGGCUGAGAAACCCGAGGGUGAAGAAGGGGGUACCCCAGCAGAGGCAAGCGAGCCUGCAAACGAUACGUCAGCGGAGGAGGCCAAACCUGAGGAGCCCGUCGAGCAGACUCACGAGGCUGAACCCGUCUAG